ACCAUACCUAUUCAUUCGCCAUUUUCUUUGUCGCUUUGUCGCGCUGUGGGGUAUUCUGAAUUCUGUGAUCAAAAAGUUGUGAAUAAGCAGUGAAAAUGGAGUUGUCAUUGAAUCCUGUGCGUAUCCUCAAAAAUGAGGCGCAGGAGGAGAAAGCCGAAAUGGCGCGUCUGUCGUCAUUCAUUGGCGCUAUUGCCAUCGGUGAUCUUGUAAAGAGUACCCUUGGACCAAAGGGCAUGGACAAAAUUUUGGUGUCCGCCGGCCGUAAUGCCGGCCAGGUGGAGGUGACUAAUGAUGGUGCCACAAUUUUGCGAGCUAUUGGAGUCGACAAUCCGGCUGCGAAAAUUCUCGUCGAUAUGUCGCGUGUACAGGACGAAGAAGUUGGCGACGGCACCACAUCCGUGACUGUGCUGGCAUCCGAAUUAUUGCGCGAAGCCGAGAAGCUCAUUGAACAGAAGCUUCAUCCACAGAUCAUUGUCGCUGGUUGGCGCGUAGCCACCCAAGUAGCUCUCGAUGCACUCACAGCCGCCGCUCAGGACAAUUCGGCCAACAAUGAGAAAUUCAAAAACGAUUUGCUUAACAUUGCACGCACCACAUUGUCUUCAAAGAUUCUGCAUCAGCAUAAGGAUUUCUUUGCCAAUCUGGCCGUCGAUGCAGUGCUGCGCCUGAAGGGCUCGGGUGAACUUAAGUCCAUUCAAAUCAUCAAAAAGUCCGGUGGUACCUUAGAGGAUUCGUUCCUUGAUGAUGGCUUUUUGCUGGACAAGAAGCCCGGCGUGCACCAGCCACAGCGUAUUGAGAACGCAAAGAUUCUGAUUGCCAACACACCAAUGGACACCGAUAAAAUCAAAGUAUUCGGCAGCAGCAUCAAGGUUGACUCGCUGGCCAAGAUUGCCGAUCUGGAAAUGGCCGAAAAGGAGAAGAUGAAGGAGAAAGUCGAAAAGAUUUUGAGCCACAAAUGCAAUGUGUUCAUCAAUCGCCAGCUAAUCUACAACUAUCCCGAGCAGCUGUUCGCCGAUGCUCAUGUGAUGGCCAUUGAGCAUGCCGAUUUCGAUGGCAUUGAGCGUCUGGCCUACUGCACCGGCGGUGAGAUUGUGUCCACAUUCGAGAACCCCGCUCUGGUCAAGCUUGGUGAGUGCAAGCUCAUUGAGCAGGUGAUGAUUGGCGAGGACACACUGCUGCGCUUCAGCGGCGUUAAGCUGGGCGAGGCUUGCACCAUUGUCAUUCGUGGCGCCACACAACAGAUCCUGGACGAGGCUGAUCGUUCCCUGCACGAUGCUCUAUGCGUGCUGGCUGCCACCGUCAAGGAGUCGCGCAUAAUUUAUGGCGGCGGCUGUGCUGAAGCUCUGAUGGCCAAUGCCGUCAUGAAGAAGGCAUCCGAGACACCCGGCAAGGAAGCUAUUGCCAUUGAGGCCUUUGCACGUGCACUGCUGUCACUGCCCACAGCUAUUGCCGAUAACGCUGGCUUAGAUUCAGCUCAACUGAUCUCCGAGCUGCGCGCUGGCCAUGCCCAGGGCAAGCAUCAGCUGGGUCUGGAUAUGAACGAGGGCAAGGUUGCCGAUGUGCGCGCAUUGGGCAUCACAGAGUCAUUCGCCGUGAAACGCCAAGUCCUGAUGUCUGCCUCCGAGGCAGCCGAAAUGAUUCUCCGUGUGGACGACAUCAUCAAGUGUGCACCUCGUCGUCGUGUGCCCGACAGGGGCUACUGCUAAACACUAAUUCUUCUUAAGUAUUUUUGUCUAGGAUUUUUUUUUAAAACCUUAGAACUCUCGUUUAACAUCAUCGCUAAUUUUAUAAUUCUGUUUAAACUAAUAACCACAAAGACACACACACAUCCACACGAAAGCCUACACACACACACACACACACUUGUACGCAAUUAGCUUUUUCUAAAUUGUCUGUGAACAUUGUUUCAAAUCUGUUUUUGUUACACGAAUUACUACUAUUGCGCAAGCUCAGCUUACAACACUAAAGGGAGGACCGAACAAAAACAUCUA